UCUCUCUCUCUCUCUCUCUCUCUUUCUGGCUUUAUAUAUAAUGGCCUUAGAGGCCCAAUUCAAACCACAUCAAGACCAUGUUGUUGAUGGUGCACCACCGGUUAGAAGGGUCGGCUCUUGCACUGCUUCGAGCCUAGCUGCCGCCCUCCGACGAGCCGCCCCAGCCCCGGUCGCCCUCGGUCUCUCCCCGAGCCCCUGUCCUCUCCCUCUUGGUUCGCGAAAGUUCCCCGAUCUUUUAAGACAGGAGAGAUAUACUAAUUUGGACAGCAGACCGAAUAACAUGAGUCGCCGGAAUGGCAACGGCCCCAAGCUCGACUUGAAGCUGAACCUGUCCCCGCCGAGGCCCGGCCCGAGGGCGGAGUCCCCGGCCCGGUCGGCGACGGUGUCGCCCACCUCCCCGCCGAGCUCGUGCGUGUCGUCGGAGCUCAACCAGGACGAGUCCUCCCUGCGCUACUCCAACAGCCCGGAGGCCACGUCGAUGGUGCUCGUGGGGUGCCCGAGAUGCCUCAUGUACGUGAUGCUCUCGGAGGACGAGCCCAAGUGCCCCAAGUGCAAGAGCACCGUCUUGCUCGAUUUCCUCCAUGACAACAACAACACCAGCCACACCAUGAGGACCAGGAAGAGCUAGAAACAGAGGAAACAGAGCUUUCCUCCCCCCCAGAAAUUCGGUUAUUACUAGGAGUUAAUGUUUAGCCUUUUCUAGUCUACUCCCUGCUUUUGAUCUCCCCUGUUUCGGUCUCUCUAAAAAAGAUAGUGCUGUCUGCGCUCCAUUUUUAGGUUCAUUUUUCAUUUCCAUGUGCCUAAACUAGGAAAAACAGAGGGAAGAACAAGGUAUAUAUGUGGAU